AUUUUUAUUGGUCGGAUGUUGUUAUUUCCUGUCCAGUAUUUAAAACCGAUUUCACCUUUGUUUAAUUUACAUACGUGUUUCAGGUAUUCGACCAUCAACAUCCUAGUUAAUUCUUUCAGGUUCUUUAUAUCCAGCCAUUAUGGAUCUUCCAUGCGACAGUUUCUUCCAAAAGUGUGACGACAUGAUGGCAGCCUUAUUUGAUGAUGAUGACUCUGGUCUUGGGAUGGACUUUGAUUUCAGAAAUGAUGGCACCAUUUCACCAGCCAAGCCAACAGACAAAUUACAGAAGCGUCAGAGGAGGUUCUCUCCAAAAAGUGGUACCUACAGCAAACAGAGCCAUGAUCUUAAAGCUGCUAGAUCGGAGGUCCUAGCUAUUGAACCUAUAGCAGAUGGUGACAUGAUUGGUGACGGUUCCAGAAACUGUCGUCUGCCUACAGUGUUUGAUUCCCGCCAUGACCUCAAAUGUAUUUCAGCAGAUACGCUAGCUGACGUCAUUAGAGGUUCACACAACAUUGGUAGCUACUCCAUCAUUGACUGCAGAUAUCCAUACGAGUUUCAAGGUGGACAUAUAACAAAUGCAGACAACAUGUUUAAGCCAGAAGACCUCAGCCGUUUGUUUACCAGCAAGUCGCCUUCAGUGUUGAUCUUUCAUUGUGAGUUUUCCAUAGAAAGAGGUCCAGCUAUGUGCCGCAAUCUUCGACAGAAAGACCGAGAGACCAAUGCUGAUAACUACCCUCAUCUGUUUUACCCUGAGAUAUACCUUCUACAAGACGGGUACAAAUCAUUCUAUCAGACAUACCCAGAACUCUGUACUCCAGAAGGUUACCUGCCAAUGCUUGAUAAGGGCCAUGCCUCCGAUCUACGUCACUUCCGUGUAAAGUCCAAGUCAUGGUCUGUUGGUCAGAAGAGUAAACCAAAGAAGUCUGUCCGUUUGUUCGAUUGAUUUAAUUGUUAAAAAAUUGUUAAAUAUAGACUGUUACGUUAUAGAUAUUUAUAUACAAUUCAUUGCUAUGUAAUAAUAGU